AUGGAGCUGUCGGAUAUCCCUUUCCCAAUAACCUCUGCUGAUGACCUCUAUGACGACCCUUGCUUUAAUACCAAUGACAUGCACUUCUUCGAGGACCUGGAUCCCCGACUGGUCCACGUGAGCUUGCUUAAGCCCGAGGAUCAUCACCACAUCGAAGAUGAACACAUUCGGGCACCGAGUGGCCAUCACCAGGCGGGCAGGUGUCUUUUGUGGGCAUGCAAAGCCUGCAAAAGGAAAACCACCAACGCCGAUCGCCGAAAGGCAGCGACAAUGCGAGAGAGAAGACGACUAAGUAAAGUCAAUGAUGCAUUCGAAACUCUGAAGAGAUGUACGUCAACAAACCCCAAUCAAAGACUGCCAAAAGUGGAAAUUCUAAGAAACGCCAUCAGCUAUAUCGAAUCUCUUCAGGCUUUGCUUAGAAGCCAAGAGGACAGCUAUUACCCUGUGCUGGAGCACUACAGUGGUGACUCCGACGCCUCCAGCCCAAGAUCCAAUUGCUCUGAUGGCAUGAUGGAUUUCAAUGGACCUACUUGCACGUCACGAAGACGCCAUAGUUAUGACAGUUCUUACUUUACGGAGACUCCAAAUGCAGAAUCACGCGCUAAUAAGAGCGUAGUCGUCUCCAGCUUGGACUGUCUAUCUAGCAUUGUCGAGAGAAUUUCGACUGAGACCCCAGCAUGCCCUGUGCUGUCCGUGCAAGAGGGUUCCGAUGGCAGUCCGUGCUCCCCCCAGGAAGGAUCUAUUCUGAGCGAGACAGGGGCACCCGUGCCAUCUCCUACCAACUGCCCCCAGUCGGCCCAAGAUCCCAUCUACCAAGUAUUGUGA